UCUUUUAAACCUGUUGGGAGUGCAUUCCAUAUGGAUGUGGCAUAGAAGGAGAAUGAGUUAAGACCUUUGUUAGAUCGGAAUCUGGGUUUAACAUGGUUUGUGGAGCUCCCCCUGGUGUUGUGGUUAUGGUGGUCAUUUACGUUAUGGAAGUAGUUUGACAUGUACUUCGGUAUCAGAGAGGUGUAGCGGAUUUUAUAGACUAGGCUCAGUGCAAGUUGUUUUACUCUGUCCUCCACCCUGAGCCAGCCCACUUUGAAGAAGUGGGUAGGAGUGAGGUGUGAUCUGAGGUGGAGGUCUAAACAAUGUUUGAACAAUGUUUGGUGGGUGCUGAGAAAAUAAUCGAUUUUCAAGACUUCAGUUCUAAUUUUUCUAGAUAAAAUCAGUUAGGGUACACAGCAACAGCAUGUUCGAUAUAAAAGUAGUUCCAACUAAAUUUGCCCAAAGAUUAGUCAACAAAGUAGUUAAAGGGGCUAUUUGUAAUUUGUUUACAGUUACGUUUUUCAAAGCAAAAAAUAUAACAAGAACGCCAUUGGCUAGCUUGUGUUAUACCAUUAGUGGUUUAACCGAACACAAUUUGUGUCAAAACGUACUAUAUUUUUCAUGAUUACUAAGUUUGUGUAGUGAAAUUGUUUUAACGGCCCGAAUAAAAUGAUUGGUGUUUACGGCGGUCACUAAACCCUCUCUCGUCAAUUCGUACGCGCAGGGAGCGCGUGCACACAGAAUUAGAAUCAGACAUACUUUAAUAAUCCCCAAGGGGAAAUUAAGACACAUACAAAAGCAGUCCAAGAGAAGCAACAAACACAUUUCAGUCAUAUUGUUGUUAUGAUAGAAUAUACAUUCAAUGAUGGCUAACAGUAACUAUCCAAAUAGCUAUAUUAUUAGCUUACAACACCCAAAGCUAAUGCCAGUGCAUGUGUUAUGUACGUACAUAGUUACGUCAUUACGUCCUAUAGAAGCCGGAAGAGGGCAGGAAAUAUUGUGUAAAAUCCAUUGGAAAGUUAGCGCCCUCGAGACAUCUGUGUAAAUGUUGCUAACAGCCCCUUCAAGCCGAACACAAGCAACAGUGGCAAAAAUGUUUCAUGUGCAAAGGUGACGCUCAUACGCAUGCUAAUAACCAGACAAUACAUUAAAAAUGACAGCAAGUGUCUUUAUCAUAUGCAGCAUAAUUAAUGAAAACAGACAACUGUGCAUUGGCAAUAUUGUUUCGGAUCACAUCAUUAUAACUUAAGAAAUUAUUAAUGGUUAACCUAAAGGCUACAAAGUGCACCCCCGAAUGAUUGCUCUAGAGGGGCAGGUCAAAAAAGUUUGCAUUCAAGCUGUGAUUGGGCAGCCAAAAGAUGGAGCUGGACAUUUGAUAGCCGUUUAGAAAGAUGUGUGAAUGGCCAUAGAAAGAUGGACUCAGCCCGAUGAUAGGUUUAGAAAAGAUGGGCUUGGCCCAGUCCGCGUAGGGGAGGGACAAAAAAGGUCAUAUUUAGGCUGUUAUUGGACGGCCAAAAGAUGAAGCUGGGCUUUUGAUUGGCGUUAGAAGGAUGGACCCAGUUACGUGGUUAGCCACAGAAAGAUGGACUCGGCCCGGUGAUAGGCUUAGCAAAGAUGGACUCAUGAAAAGGAUUGGCUGCCAUGAAGCUGUCCCGUUUUGUGGGCGAUCUUAUUUACGUGGCAUCAUGUUUUAUCAUAUAUGGAUAAUCCACUGACGUCACAAAUGGGGCAAAUUCCAAACGGCUCCUUUGGAGGAAGUAUGAAGGAAGCCCCAAAAGAAGCUAAUCAACUCUGCAGAGGACUGUGUUGACGAGGCUCUCUGUGGUCUUGUCAGGGCCUCCGGUGGCCUCUCUCUGCUGCAGGGCCACCGUGUCGUUCUUCGUUCCGACCUGGACAAUGUGAGGGGCAAAGUGGCACUGCUGGCAGGAGGAGGCUCAGGCCACGAGCCCGCACACGGGGGGUAUGUGGGUGCUGGGAUGUUGUCUGCAGCAGUAGCAGGAGGAGUGUUUGCGUCUCCGCCUCCUGCUGGAAUCCUGGCUGCCAUUCUGUGCCUACACAAUGCUGGAGCAUCUGGGGUCCUUGUCAUUGUAACAAACUACACCGGAGAUCGCCUCAACUUUGGACUGGCCACAGAGCAAGCGUGCAACCGUGGUGUGGCUGUCAAUAUGAUCAUCAUUGCUGAUGACUGCGCCUUUGAACGCCCCACGAAGGCGGGGAGAAGGGGCUUGUGUGGCACUGUUCUCAUUCACAAGCUGGCAGGUGCCUUAGCAGAUGAAGGUUGCUCAUUGGACCACAUUGUUGCCAUGGUGACAGAGGUGUUAAAGGGCACAGGUACACUUGGAGUCAGUCUAUCCCCGUGCAGCGUUCCCGGAUGUCGGCCUUCUUUUGAGCUUCCCCCAGGGGAUAUGGAGCUCGGCUUAGGAAUCCAUGGAGAACCUGGUGUCAAAAGGUCAAAGGUGGAUUCUGCAGACCAAGUGGUGUCAGCCAUGAUUGAUCACAUGACCAAUGCAGAGAAUCAGUCACACUUGCACCUGACGAAAGGUGACCAGCUCAUUGUGUGCGUGAACAAUCUGGGAGCGCUGUCAGGUCUGGAGAUGGCCGUGGCGACGCGGGCCGCGAUCAUCAGUCUGGAAAACCGUGGGAUGGUAGUCGCAAGGGUGAUGUCUGGGUCUUUCAUGACAUCACUAGAGAUGGCUGGAAUGUCGUUGACACUGAUGACGGCCAGUUCGGAAAUACUUAGACUCUUUGAUGCCAAGACCAGUGCCCCCGCAUGGCCAAAUCUCAGCAGUGUGCAUGUGAGUGGACGCAACCACCUCACGGACGCCCCCAGUGUGCCCACAGGAGUGCACAGCGAUACACAGCCAGAAGGACCAAACGGUGCUGUGAUGCGGGCUGUGUUGGGGAGGGUUUGUUCCACACUUUUGGAAAAACAGGAGGAGCUCAACGCUUUGGAUCGUGCUUCUGGGGACGGCGACUGCGGGAACACUCACACGCAGGCGGCCAGAGCCAUUCGGGUGUGGCUCCAGAGUCACAUAGUCCCCGGUUGCCCCAAGCAACUGUUAUCCGCCCUCGCUAAAUUGGUGCAAGAGAAAAUGGGCGGGUCUUCAGGAGCAUUGUACAGCUUGUUCCUCACGGCAGCUGCCGGUCACAUGACAGAGAGGCAAAGCAGUGCUGCAGCGUGGGCCGGUGCAAUGCAUGCUGGGAUGCUGGCCAUGAGAAGAUAUGGCGGCGCUGAUCCAGGGGACAGAACCAUGUUGGACGCUCUGUGUCCUGCUGUAGACGAGCUGAUGAAACUAAACACAGCACCUCCCGGUGCAGAGAUGACCGUACUGCAAGCUGCUAUACAGAGAGCUGCUGCUGGCGCAGAAUCCACUCGCAGCCUUGUGGCUAAGGCGGGUCGAGCCAGCUACAUCGCCUCUGAGCGACUCACUCUCCCCGACCCCGGGGCCAAGGCCAUUGUCGCCAUUUUGAGUGCCGUAUUUGAGGCGCUUAAUGAGCAGCGGUAGUAGAAA